UUUCAAGCUGAAAUCUUACUUAAUCCAAAGUUCCAUUUGACUGCCUCUAUCAAGUAGUAAAAUCAACACCGUUGAAGAAGAUACAUGAAACAUGAACUUGACAUUAUCAACAAUGAAAAAAGGUAACAAUGAAUAUGCUGUAAGAAAAUGACAAGGCAGUUGGUUGUAUUAAAGGGUAGGCUAAAGGGCAGUAGUGAAGUAUCGACAGCACUUAGUGAAAUCUAUCUGACGGAAUAAUCUGCCUCUCAAGCAUAAAUUUAUGAAUGAACUGAUACGCCACUGUGGGAGGCACUACGAGGCAAUUUUUUAAAAACAGGGGGAUGUAUUUUUCAUCAGCGUGACAAAUGAAGAUGCAGCAUCCAUUGAGGCACAAACCUCAACCCACUCGUAAUAGGGGACUAAUAAGGAAUGGAUGGCAUGCCUACUACCUCCGCUCAGAAACAUGAAUUCUGUCACUGGACCACAAUUCGGCAGUCUCCUAGAUAUAAAUACAAUGUGAGUGGAAUAUUCAUUGAAAAUUUUAAAAACUCUCCUGCUUGUUUAUUACCAAGAUAGAAAUCAACAUUCUUAGAAAAUUUUAUUGCGAAUAUUUUUCAUUUUAGACAUUUAUUUACAAAGAGUCUAUAAAGCCAGGUGCGGAAUCGGUUGAAACAUAGAUGCUGUUUGAAAAAUUCUCCUGUUGUUCAAAAUCUGCAGGUGAUGCAAUUUUAAACCAAAAAUUCUAGGAGUAAGAAUUGAGGAUUAUUUAUUUUAUUUCUGACAAAAAACUUGUUUGACAAACUGUUUAUUUCUUCUAGUGAGUGAUCCCCCUGAGGCUUUGACUCCUAUACUUUCCUGCAGAGCUGAAGAAUUUCUUCCAAAAUGAGGGGAUUUUUAGUGAUUUUGUUGUUUAGUUUUAACAUCUGCCUCAGCUUGAAAAUGGGCAAAAAUUCCAAAAAGAUGCUAAAAACUAAAAGAUGUAAGUAUACAUUUGUGGUCAAAGAAAUGGUCGACGGUGGACAUUGUCCAAAUCAAGUCCAGGAAUAUCCUCAGGCCGAUAAAACCAUGGAAAGCACCACUAUGGCCGCUCACCCCCAAAAUCCUUAUGGUAUUAUACAAAGUACAAAAAACCAUAUACUAUCAGGGUCAAAAUUCAAAGAGUUAGAAAAACGCCUGAAGACUGUGGAAAAUAUGCUAGAGGAUCAAACAGUAGAAAAUACGUAUUUAAACCAGACGAUAAUCAAACAAGAAUCUAAACUUAAAAACUGUGACAAAAUGAUGAGUGAAUACCACAAAAAUAUCACCAACAUGUACCGUUUGAUGAACCACCUGCAGCGAACCAUUAAUACCCAGAGAAAGGGGUACCAGGAACUGGAGAGGAAAGUGUCCGGCAUCGUCCUAGAUGUGGUGGAGGUCAAUAACGUACUGGAGAAAAAAGUGACUACAUUUGACAACACCGGCAGCUUGAAACGUAAAAAUAUUCAAGUGGAAACCAUUUCAAAGGUGCUAAACUGUGGACAAACUAAUCGGGAAACUACCUUCAAAGAUUGCCAGGAUGUGCUUGAGAGAGGCCACACUAUAAGUGGCGUGUACUAUAUCACCACCACCUACUCCUCCUGCUCUAUCCCUGUGUGGUGUGACAUGGACACCGCCCCAGGUGGCUGGCUAGUCAUCCAGAACCGCUUCAAUGGACAGGUAGACUUCAACAGACUCUGGGACGAAUACAGAGAUGGCUUUGGAAACAUUGCCUCUGAGUUUUGGUUAGGACUUGAUAACAUAUUCCUCUUGUCUAAUCAGGACUUCUAUGAACUGAGGUUUGAUCUAUGGGACUUUGAAGAUAACAGGGUUUAUGCCCUUUAUAAGAAUUUCAAACUUGAUGGAGCCAGAGACAGGUACAAGAUACAUGCAACUGAUUUUGAAGGCAGUGCCAAAAAUGGCAUGAGUGUGCAUCAUGGGAUGCGGUUUUCCACGCCAGAUCAGGAUAAUGACAACUGGCAUACGUACCACUGUGGUAAAGAGUGGCGGGCUGGGUGGUGGUUUAACAAUUGCUGGCAUUCCAUUCUAAAUGGUCCCUAUUACAACCAAUCAACUGUCAGAACAAGGGGAAUCUCUUGGAAUGACUGGAAGCCUGAACAACUUGCCAAAACGCAAAUGAAAAUACGACCCAGCAGGUUAUACAAGAGUGUCAAAUCAACCAAAAGUGACCAAAAUGCAUCCAAAUCAAAGCCAAAAGAUGAGGCCACAGCGCCAGCACAGAGUGAAAACUCACUAGAAAAGGUCAUUAGCAAAGUCAGACAAAAGUCAUAGGAAUUACUAGACCUAGGUUUAUAUCAAUGCACAAACCUACAGCAAACUUUAAUGUGUCUUUCAGCAGACAGUUCAAUUCUAUGUUAUCUUCCAGACGGAAAUCAAUGGAAUAUUUCAGCUACCCUCUAACAAAAUGUAAAUUAUUGUGCAAGCUAAAGACAUGCGGGCUGUGUUUACAUAAAAAUAUGAUGUUUAUCUCAUACAUUCAAAGAUUUAUCACACAUAUUGUCAGUGGAGCAGACAAGCUUAGCAUGCUUUUGCUGCCUUGGCAAAAACAGAGCAGAAACAGAGGAAGAAUGUUUAUAGAUUUUAUUGCCGCACAAUCAAAGUUACAGUGUCGAAAUUAAAAAAAAAUUGGUGAUUAUAGAUAUUAAUGAUGCAAUACAAAUUCCUUUAUUUAUUAACACCCCAAAAAAUCCCUCCACAUCUGAAGGGAACCAAGAUUGCUCAGCGGACUUCAUUUUUAACCAAAACUGCCAUUUAUUGUUGUAUGCUUGCAUUACUUUUUGCUUUAUGACAUUUUAUUACAUGUGAUUAAAAUAUGUGCCAUACUAUAGAACAGUAACUGUUGGUAGUACUCAUUCCAAAUAAGGUAUUAAGAACAAAAACUAAGAAAACUCGGAGCUAUAAAAAAAACGUUAAAAUAUUUGAUUUUUAUUUUUGUGAUCCAAAUUCUAGAAAGAAUCUUUCAUUUUUUAUAGGUACCUAUAAAGAAUGAAAACAAAAUUAAGAAAUCGUUCUUGAGUUGUCAUUGCUGUUCUAGAACAUUUCUGUGGCAAAUUUAGGGCGCCGAUAUGACUACAGUAAUUAUAUAUAUGUAAAAGUAAUGUCUGCGGUAUGUCAUAGCUACAUGGCACAUGGAGCAAGAAGACAGCAUUACUGUUAAUUCGAUUAUCUGUGGAUUAUCUUGCCAACACGUUGUCAGUUACUUUCUAUCCUUGCAUAAAGUGUCCUCUAUAUCUUGAGUACACUACGGUCAUAUGUUCCAAAUUGUAUAACGUAUAUUGCCCAAAUAUUUAAUUUGCAGAUAUUCUUAAUAUAAAAUGAUGGUACAUGUACCAUCAGAUACUCUUAGACAAAACAUCAGCAUAGUACCUUACCAGGGUGUUUGAUUAUUCAAAGAAAUCUACCAUACAUAUUCAUUUAUUUUAAUUCUCAAAUUUGUUUUAGAAGAGGGAUAAAGCACCAUUAGGUAUAACAAAAGUUGCACAAAGGUCCUUCAGUGAGUAUUACGUACCCCUCAAUUUUAAAGGAAUUUAGAAAAAAAACUGAUUUUCAAAACUAUUUUGCAUAUAUCCUUUAGUAAGGGUAACUUUCUUUUAUACCCUAGCCUCAAAGUUUUAUUGUAGCUAAACCCCCCCCCCCCUUAUUUAUACAUGCAGCAUGCUUUCUGAAGUUCUGAUAUACAUGUACCAGUGUUCAUCAAAGAAGGGUUUGUUUUGGUAAAUCUCUACAGCAUUUUAAUUUUUUCACAUCAGGAGCUCAAUAACAUGCAAAUAUAUUUCUGUAGCUUUGAUUUUAUUGUAUAUGGUCAGUUGUUCAUCUUAAUUUAUAUAACAUUUUCCAUCAAAUCUGCAGCAUUUUUGUACUUUACUAUGUAUUUUUAAAUAUUUUGUAUUAUUUAUAUGUGUUGUGAAAUCUCUGCUCUUUCAUAUAAUAAAUAUUUAAUGACAGA